AUGUUCAAGUUAAUCACCACAAAUACGCAGAGUCUGUUGAGACCAGCGUUAUUACAAAAGAUAAAAAAUGCAACAGCUAAUGCCUCCCAGUUAUCCACCAGUCUUUCCCACACCGCCAUCUCUCCUGUGGCUGCUACUAGUCCCCAAAUUUACCCUUUCACCCACCAGUUUGUCAGAAACAACUCAAAUGUAGCCACUAAAUUGAAUGAGCCAGUAAAUGUCCCACCACCCAGAAUCAUCCCAGAUGUAUCUAAAGGUGGCGACCUUCACGAAAUUAAAAGUCAACUGGAACCUUCCCUUCUCCUGGAAAUCGAUGUUAAACAAAAGUUGGACCAAUUUGACCAGAUAAAUCUCCGCACCAAGUACAACGGAUCUCACCCAUUCUACUUGGAAGAACUCGAUACCUCGUUGGAAUUACUUGAAACCAAGGCUGUUCGUGACCGUCUUUCUGAAGAACAACUCACUGGUUUCGUGUACAACAUCGAACGGAUGAUUUUCCACCAAAAGAGAAGGAGAUUGAGAAACAACUUCAACAGAGAUAGAGAUACCCAAGGUGCAUUCCAAACGGAAAUCAUGAUCCAGCUGGCUGCAUUGAAGUUGUUUGACAUGAUCAACGCCGGCAGUCUCACCCACUGUCUCAGUGCCGAAGCCUUGUACCGUCUCUUUUUAAUCUUGCACCUGUUUUAUUUGCGUUCGGAAAUCGUGUCGUACUGGGAAGCCGGGGUCAGCAACCCUGAUAUCGCCAAUUUCUUUGUCGACCAAAAAGUCUUGUCCACCGCGUUAUUCAUGGCUUAUGAAAUCAAGAGAUUUUCUUACGAAGAAAUCCAACAAAUUUACGACUUGAAUACGCCCGACAAGACCAACGUUUUCCCAGAUUUGCUUACAUCCGUGGGAAAAGUCGCCCUUUUGGAAAACGACUACGAUCGCGCCUUGGACUUGUUUGAACAAUUGAUGAUCUCGCUUGAGCGUGACCACAAGAAUACCAGCACCGCCAUUGCUGAAAUGCACUUGAACUUCAUCAGUAUGUGCCGUGAAGUCGACAUUGCCAAGCAUUUCUUUGACAAGGCCUAUGACAGCCGUAAAUUGCCAUAUACGGUCAAAUUAAAGGCUCCACACAUGAUCUCAUUCAUGCGUAACUGCUCAGAAGCUGGUGAAUCCAUGGAUGAGAUUUUACAAAUUUGGAAGAAGUUGUUAAUUAAAUCAAUGGAAACGGCCAAGUAUGACCCCAAGGGUGCCAAGUCCGCCAACUUGAACUCGGGAAUGUUCAAAUUGUUAUUUGACAAGUAUCCUGAAUACACCGAAGAAGCCAAAAAGUAUUUGAACAAGAUGUUUACCAUGAAUCCGCAAAUCAACGAAAUCUUCAUCAAUGCAGCCAUCUCCAACUAUUCUUGGCAAGACCGCCAGACAUUUGACAUGUUGGUGGACGCCUAUGACAAGUACGGCAUUCCAAAAACCAUGAUGUCCAACAGAAUCAUCUUGAAGCAAGCUGGGUUAUUCGACCAUUCCAAUGAAGAAAUUAUCGAAUUCUGGAACAAUUUGUUGUACCUGUUGGAUGAACUUAAAUAUUCUCACAUUGCCGUGCCUGAUUGGGCGGCAAUCAGAGACGCUACCAUUUUGUCUGAACAUUACGGCGAUCAAAGAACCGGGUUGUACAUGUCUAUCUUAAAGGCUUACAAAGAUUACAUGCAAAAUGAUUUCGCCUGUGUCAAGUUCUUGAGAGGGUUUGGCAGAAACGCCGAGCAUGUGCGAUUACUCAAGAAGUUCACCGAGGGAGAACCCCACUUUGACAAUGAAGUGGAGAUCACCGUUCCUGGAGACUUGCACAGCUUGAAGAAACACAUUGACUUUAAGGACUGCGCCAAGCGUUUCUACCAGGACCAACCAGUUUAA